AGAGGAGCCAUUUCUAAUAAAAUCAUUAUUUAUUAUUUAUUUUUUGUUUUUGGAAACCUCUUCCGAAAAAAAAAAACAUCCACCGAUCUUGCCCGUGGAGCUCCGGAAAGAACCAGAAAGCUAUUGUGCGGUCGAUCCAGAGAGGAUCGGACCAUCAUCCAUGCCACUGCUGCCACCGCUGUCAGGAAACCGCCGUCGCAGAUUAGAUCGUUGAGGUUUUGGGCUUUGAAUCUCCGCCUGCCAUCUUCGGGAAAAUUCGACGGACGUCUUCGGGUUUUUCGUCCCCUCGCAAAUCCGGUGGUGAGUUCGGGCGAAUCUGAGUUCUCUUUUAUUCUCUUGUUCUCCGUCUCUGUCAGAUCUUAUUGCAGAGACGACAUACAUUUCAGAAUUGGAGUUCUUGAAUAAGGUGAUUGUGCAAGGAUGAUGGUGGAGGAUCUGGGCGUGGAAGCUAAGGAGUCGGCAGUACGGGAGGUGGCAAAGCUUUUGCCGUUACCUGAGCUUUUGCAGUCGAUUUCUUCCAUCAAGGCCGAUUAUAUUGCACGUCAACAGGCCAAUGAUGCACAGCUUAGUACCAUGGUUGCUGAGCAGGUUGAACAAGCUCAAGCUGGGUUGGAGUCGCUCUCCUCAUCUGAAAAAACGAUUAAUCAGCUUCGUGACAACUUUGUUUCUAUUGAGAAACUUUGCCAGGAAUGCCAAACUUUGAUUGACAAUCACGAUCAAAUUAAGCUCCUGAGUAAUGCCAGGAAUAACCUAAAUACAACUCUCAAGGAUGUUGAGGGUAUGAUGUCAAUUUCUGUUGAAGCUGCUGCGGCUCGGGAGUCUUUGAGUGAUGAUAAAGAACUUGUUAACACUUACGAGAGAUUAACAGCACUUGAUGGGAAGCGGAGAUUUGCCUUAGCAGCUGCUGGAUCUCACAAAGAAGAGGUUGGGAGACUAAGGGAGUAUUUUGAAGACGUUGAUAGAACAUGGGAAACCUUUGAGAAGACACUAUGGGGCCAUGUUUCCAACUUUUAUAAACUUUCUAAAGAAAGUCCACAAACUCUUGUUCGAGCUUUGAGGGUGGUUGAGAUGCAAGAAAUUCUUGAUCAACAACUUGCAGAAGAGGCAGCAGAGGCUGAGGGAGAAGGUGCGAUGGCUUCUGUAGCAAAUCCUCGCCGGCCGGGCAAAAAGUCUGCUACAACUUCAGCUUCAUCAAAGAACCUUGCACACCAAAAUCUGAAAGUCCAAGGAAAAGGUUACAAGGACAAAUGCUAUGAGCAAAUUAGAAAGGCGGUUGAGGCUCGAUUUAACAGGCUUUUAACAGUGCUUGUAUUUGAAGAUCUAAAAGCCGCUUUGGAGGAAGCUAGAAUGAUCGGAGAGGAGCUUGGAGACAUUUAUGAUUAUGUGGCCCCUUGCUUUCCUCCAAGAUACGAGAUAUUCCAACUUAUGGUGAACCUGUAUACUGAGAGAUUCAUACAAAUGCUCAGACUGCUCAGUGACAAAGCAAAUGAUUUGACCAAUAUAGAGAUUUUAAAGGUAACAGGUUGGGUUGUGGAGUACCAAGAAAAUCUGAUUGGCCUUGGUGUCGAUGAGUCACUAGCUCAAGUGUGUUCCGAGAGUGGUUCCAUGGAUCCUUUAAUGAAUGCAUAUGUUGAAAGAAUGCAAGCUACAACAAAGAAGUGGUAUAUGAAUAUCCUCGAGGCAGAUAAGGUGCAACCACCUAAGAAAACAGAAGAAGGAAAGUUAUACACGCCAGCUGCUGUUGAUUUGUUCAGGAUUCUAGGGGAACAAGUGCAAAUUGUCCGGGAUAAUAGCACUGAUGUCAUGUUAUACAGGAUUGCUUUGGCUAUUAUUCAGGUUAUGAUUGAUUUUCAAGCUGCUGAGAAGAAGAGACUUGAAGAACCUGCUUCUGAUAUUGGUUUGGAGCCUCUAUGUGCAAUGAUCAACAACAACCUUCGAUGCUAUGACCUGGCCAUGGAGCUAAGUAACAGCACUUUAGAAGCUCUACCACAGAACUAUUCGGAGCAGGUGAACUUUGAAGACACGUGCAAAGGUUUCUUAGAGGUUGCUAAGGAAGCAGUGCAUCAAACCGUUCGUGUUAUCUUUGAGGAUCCAGGAGUUCAGGAACUACUCGUCAAGCUUUACCAUACUGAAUGGUGUGAGGGACAGGUUACGGAGUAUCUAGUCGCAACUUUUGGUGAUUAUUUCACAGAUGUGAAAAUGUAUGUCGAAGAAAGAUCAUUUAGAAGAUUUGUUGAAGCGUGUCUGGAAGAAACAGUGGUCGUUUAUGUAGAUCAUCUCCUAACACAGAAAAACUACAUCAAGGAAGAAACAAUCGAGCGGAUGAGGUUGGAUGAGGAGGUUCUCAUGGAUUUCUUUAGGGAGUAUAUAAGUGUAUCUAAAGUGGAGAGCAGAAUUAGGAUACUGAGCGAUCUGAGGGAACUUGCAUCAGCGGAGAGUUUGGAUGCGUUUACGCUUGUGUAUUCGAACAUCUUGGAGCAUCAGCCAGACUGCCCGCCUGAGGUGGUAGAGAAGCUGGUUGGAGUACGAGAAGGAAUACCAAGGAAAGACGCAAAGGAGGUGGUGCAAGAGUGCAAAGAGAUAUACGAGAAUUCGACGGUAGAAGGCAAUCCUCCAAAGGCAGGUUUUGUAUUUCCGAGGGUUAAGUGCUUAUCUGCUUCCAAAGGCUCCCUCUGGCGAAAGCUCACUUAAAUUUCUCCUCUUCGAGUCUUUUUUCAUUUGUUGUAUUCAGCCUCUGUUUGUUUAAUAAGAGUCUGUCUAGUCGUUUUCAAAAUCCAACUUUACAUUUUGGGCAUUAAAUUUUGUAAAUUCUGACGAAAAUCAUAAAACCAAGGGCCACCUGCAUUUCUCUUUGGGCUUUA